UAACCACCAAUUGAUGGCCCACCAAAUUGGGCCCACUUGAAACAUCGUUCAUUGCAUUUCCGUUGAGAAUUUUUCAACGUAAGAAAAUGCUGAGAAAUCUCCGAUCCCGGCGUCGUCCCCGUCGCGGGGUGUUCCUGUGCGUCGUCGUUUCGGGUCUCCUUCUGUUGGUGUGCGUCUCCGUCUCCCUCCUCGUUCGCCGCGCCACCCUCUCCCACCCUUCCCGCCAUGUCAAUUUCGACUCCCUCCUCUCCGACUCCGUCAACGACGACUUCAUCGCCGGCGAGGAAACCAUCGACACCAUCGACGCUCUCGACGUGGUGGAGGAAGAGCCGGAGGACGCCAUAGACGCCGACGCCGACGACGACGAGCCUCUGGAUCGGAACUCCGGCGUGUCCGGGUACUUCUUCAAUCACGCGGAGGGCGUGAUCCGUCGGGCCAUCAGCAAGAGCUCAUUCAUGGAAGACGACGACGAGGGGCCCUUUGUGGACCCGGAGGAUGGCGGCAAGACCGUGUUUGGGUCCGAUGACGUGGCGGUGGAGGAGAAGGUGCGGUCGAAGGUGUUGCAGGUGAAGGGCGUUGAGGACGCGCUUUUGUUGAAGGGCAUGGGAAGAAGGGUUUCACCGUUAAGAGAAGGUUGGGGCGAUUGGUUCGAUAAAAAAAGUGAUUUUUUGAGGAAGGAUAAGAUGUUAAGGUCGAGUUUGGAGGGAUUGAAUCCUCUUCGUAAUCCCAUUAUUCAAGACCCUGAUGCUGUUGGUGUCACCGGUAUCACCAAAGCUGAUAAAAUUAUCAGGAAUUUCAUGUUGCAUGACGUUAAGACCAGGAAAAUCACUCACCAAUCCAAUUUUUAACUCUUUCAUUCCUCUCAAAUUAUGUACAAUCAUCGCUUCCACUCAUAUCUUUUCUUUCUUCUUAGUCCUUAGUUCAACCAGGUUGUGUUAUUGCAUGCAUUAAUGUGAUAAUUGAUGUCAGAAUUUAACUUUUCAA